AUGACGACUACCACCACCACAUCCAUUGGUGGUAAAGUCUGCGACAGUCCUGGUUUGAGAGCACAGGUAUUGAACCGCUCUUUACGUCAGCAAAACUAUUGCACAAUUGAUGCCAAACAACGCACGACUAAUACAGUACUAAAGGAACUGCCAAUUAGUGUCGACUCCAUCACCGAUGAAGCGACGUGGUCAAAAUGCAUUAUGACGACUACCACCACCACAUCCAUUGGUGGUAAAGUCUGCGACAGUCCUGGUUUGGGAGCACAGGUAUUGAACCGCUCUUUACGUCAGCAAAACUAUUGCACAAUUGAUGCCAAACAACGCACGACUAAUACAGUACUAAAGGAACUGCCAAUUAGUGUCGACUCCAUCACCGAUGAAGAUAUAAUACUAUACGCCAAACAGAUUGGAAUCGAUCCGCAAUCGGAAUCACAUCUAUUAUGGAUCGCCCGAAAAGGUCUCGUCUCUAAACUCCCAUUUCCAUGGAUUGCAGUUGAAGACCAAAUCGGAAGACUAUAUUACUUUAACUGCGAGAGAGAGCAGUCAAGUUGGGAGCAUCCGUGCGAUCCCUACUAUCGAUCGCUGGCAGAGCAACAGCGGCUUAAGGGCUCGUCGACGACCCUAAGUAUGAGUGGAUUGACUUCAAUCGCGAAUUUGCAUUUCGUCGACGAAGACAUCGGCUUCAGAAACGAUGGCAACGCUAACCAAUCAAAUAGAAACAAGAGUUUGCAAAUCGAUGCCAAAGCCAACAAUCAGAAGAAACCUGAGUUUUCAAAACAGCCAAAGGAUAGCAAUAACAACAGCGACGAAGAGGUCGAGUCCGUGGACUUUGAGUUAGAAGUGGAGGAACUGUUGGAAGAGGAGGGCAGCGACGGUGCGCUCAUCGACGGAGAUCUGGUGACGUUGGAUGUGACCGACGGAGGAAUACAUGACACGACCAAACAGUUCAAAGAAGAGCAUACAAUCGAUUUGAGAGCAGCCCUACAAUCGGGUGACCGAAACACUAAUGAAUACAAAUACAGAAAAGAUGACAUUAAUAGCGAUAAUCAUAAGCCAAAGGGUGAGGACGUGUUCGCCAGCGAAUCAAAUAAAAUCAUUGAUGUGUUGAGAGACCGAAACCAUAGUAACGUAUCCUCUCCUACAGACUCGCCAUCAAUUGAUGCCAAAGCCAUACACCAGAAGAAUACUAAACAAAGUGCCAGUACUGGCAGUCAAAGACAUAAUGAAGUUUCGAUAAAUGACUUUUUAUUAGAUGUUUCUGAAGACCCAUUCGCCGAGUUUGACGGAUACGAUCAGAAUUACAAUGACUUGUUUGGCAGUUUGGGCUCUGGUGUUGGCUCUGGUGGUGGCUCUGGUGUGGGCACUGGUGUGUCAGCCAAAUAUGAUAAUUCUGGUAAUUACGAGCAGCAGUCGUCGAUCGCAGUUCACUCAUCGCAACACAAACCACACAAACCAUUGGAAACACUGGUCGAGACCUCCGAAAGGGAUGAAAACGGAUUAGAGAGUAGUCUUAACACAGGAGACGACGCGGAAGAGGAUGAAGGAGACGAUGAAGAAGAGGCCGAACAGGAAGAGGAGGAGGAGGUGGAGGAGGAAGAAGACAACGACAACGAGAAUAAUACUGACAAUGAGGUGAAUGGACAGCAAAUUGAAUACAGAUUUGAAGAAAUCACGUCUUCAUUGACGGAGAAAAUAACGACACUUCGCAACGAAUUACGCGAAGAGAUAAGAAAACAGAGAAAUACAAUCAAAGACGAGAUGUCGUCGAAGAUGAACACAAUGGAGGACAGAGUCGGCCACAAUAGUAGCGCAUUGAGGGAUACAAAGUCGGAAAUAAGUGAUUUAAGGCAAAUGAUAGCUAAUAAAAACGUGACACAAUUGCAUACGAGUCCACUCGCCAUCACUCAGGGAUCCGCUGAAAAGUUCAUUGAUAUCAAUAAAUAUGAAAAAGAAAUGCAAUUAUUAAGGAGUGAUGUGCGGAGCGAAACGAUGGACUCAUUGAGGGAAUUACGGAAUGAAGUGAAUCGUGACAUCAAAACCAAAGUUAGUUCUGUGUCCGAAGAUUUGGAGAUAAAAUUUAUGGACUUUAAAGACGAGAGCAAUCGCGAGAUGAGAGCCGUUCGCCAGGAAUUGUCUAAUGUGUCGAAUAAUAGCAAAAACUUUGGCCAACAGUCCAAUGAUCUGAAGGAUGAUUUGCGACAGACUUUGGCUGAUAUUGAGAGACACCGUAAGGAACACAACCAACAAUUGCAACGAAUGGAUAGCAGUUUGACUCAAGAAACUCAACGAUUUCAGUCUGAAGUGCAACGACUGGAGACUAUAAUGAAGAGAAUCGAGAAUAGGAUUCAGGAAUUAGACGCCGAGAGGAUAGAGAUUCGCCUCUCGACUCGUUUAGAUGAUAAUGAGCUCAGGAGUAGUGAAUGUAUGGCCAGAAUAGAGUCGAUCGAUGGUCAGGUCAAAGAGUUGGCUCAACAAGUAUUGCAGGCCUUUGAGGGCAGUGUUCAUCAAAACAACAAAACCAUUUCUAAAGUGAAUCCUCCAAAGAAUAGUGUAGUUAACGAACCAAAGCGUGUAUUGAACAGAGAUGUCGGCCCGGAAUCAACACAAUCUGUACAAAGCCUUCAGCCGUCAGACAAACCACAACAGCAAACACAGCAACAGAUCCUCAAUAGUAAUGCUAUUAUCGACGACGAGUUACAACCCGUGGAUAUAUCGCAGAGAAUGUCUUUAAUGGAGACAAAUAUUAAGAAAAUUUGCGAUUCAUUUCAACGCCUCAAUAGAAAUGUGUCUCAAAAUAGAAACCCUUCACACGUGAAGAGUGGGAAACAAAUGACAAACACAUCAAAAAAGGGUAGAUUUAGAGAUAGACGGCAUCAGUAUUCAGAUGAUGGCGAAGACGGCUACACAUCCAGAGCCAGUUCAUCAUCUCUUGAGUCUUCGUCAUCCAUAAGCGAUGGCAUAGGAGUUAGUAUUAGACCCGAAAUGAGUGGCGGAAACACUACUCGCCGACAGAUGCAUAGGAGAGGAGAAGUGCAUUACGCGGCGCCCCAUAACAAGUCUAUACAUAAUAUUAGCAGCCGACAUCAACACCACCGCCAUCAGCAGCAGCAACAGCCCCACCACCACAACCAACCACAACAAGCGGCUCAACACCGGUGGGACCCAAAGCUCCAACAACAGCAUCAUCUAAACCACAUCCGCACCUCUUCCUCGUCGUUACUCAACUUAAUUAAAAAGACGACUAAAAAGCUGAGGGAUGAGGCGAUUGAGUUGGAAAGUCUGGGUAAUUAUAGAUUCAUCACCGACUUUGAGCCCACCAUAAGCUUUGCCGACCAAAGAGCAGAUCCCGAUAAUGACGAGACGGCCAUUAAAAAGCUCAAAUCGGUGCGACUCGAUGUCGACCAAAAGCUUAGAAAACUAACUAAUGUUAUAAAUCAGCAAAAAGUGUCGCAAAUUUAG